CACUAACCAGUCUUGUUCUGGAACGAAACCUCAGUGGUGUCCUUCACUCUUACAAAGCUCGUUUUCCUUUCUCAGUCCGUACGUGGUUAAUUAUACAAGGACAAAUACUCGUAUACGUACACAGUAGUAUAGCAAUAAGUUGAAAAAUGGAUUCUGGUUCAAAUGGAGAGGAGCCCACUUCAUGGGAAGAGCUUUACAAUAUCAAUUUGAUUCCAUCUGAGUUGUUUCUCAAGUUUAGAAAGGAGAUUGAGGGGAUUCGCGUUGGUGUCAAUUUAGAGUUCUAUAAUGCUCCAAUCAAUGAAUUUCAAGGCAAGAUUGUUCUAAAACCUUUGUCCCCUGAGCGGAGGUGGAAAUUCAUAUAUGAGCCAAUACAUCAGGAUGUACGCAUUCUUUCGAAGAAGAUUCCUGUUACCAAGUUUCUAAAUCUCCAGGUCGGCGUAGGCCAUAAUUUUCAGUUGCAUGCUACUGGUUGGAAAUGGAAGCUUACAACUUGUUUAGGUGGAGAUGGCAUAUCUCGGAUUCAGAAUAAGACGUCACUCGGGUUGUUCCCUGGCAUGGAUUUGCGGUUUGGGUGGAGGGCAGAUUAUGUUCUUCCAGAAAUUACUGGGGCUUUGGGCGCUGAUGAGCCGUUGUUCAACAUGAACUCAGGAAGGCUGCAAGCAUCAUUAGAUAGAGUUGAGGCCAUUCUAGCCCAUCCAUCAUGAUUUGUGUUAGAAAAAAAGGUAGAGUUGCCCAUCCUUGUCAUUUACUUUGGUCAUUUGAUUUCUUACAGAAUUUCCAUGGAACAUAAAUGUCGUUUGUUGUUUAUUUUUUCCCCAACGUCAAUGACCAUUCUACUGGUUCUUUGGAGUUAUUAUUUGUUGCUAUUAGCUUAUGAUAUUAGCAUUUUUUUUGUCCUUGCCCAGCAUUAAUGAUCAUUUCUUUGGGGCUAUUGUUUACUAGCUUAUGAUAAAGGCACAUUUAUUGUUUGAGCAGUUAUUUGCUUAUAUCAAAUCCUUUCAGGUCUGGUAUGGCUGAAGUUUGUGCAUCUCAUUACUUGUGUAAAGACGUGGGUUUUCUUCCUAAUUUAGGAUAUAUUGUUAGUGACAGGAGAGAAAAAUAUUAAACAUUAUUAGUGAUGCGAGAGAGAAUGAAGCCCAGCCCACUAGUGAUAUAAGUGUACUAUUAUAUGGUGACAACUCUUAACCAAAACGAGUUUCAUAGAAAAUUAGUAAAAUGGAAUGCAUGUUUUAAUUCUUGCCGUGUGGGCAUGGAGACCGUAGUGGUAGAGGAAAUGGGCUGUGAAGGUUUCUCCAAGUACUCCACAUUUGUAUUAUGGAUAUACAUCUUUGAUGAUAUGUUGGAUAUCAAUGAUUCUCAAUUAUAAGAGCAUCAGGGUAUUUUUUCCUGCAACUUUGAAUUUAUGUCUUAGAUAAUUGUGCUUAAAACGGUGAUGCCAGCAUUGAGAAGGUGAAGGACAAGGCAUGGAGAGAAAACAAAAGGGCGUUUCCAGAUGGGCAAUACCCUAGUUCAAGAGGAACAUAGGAUGGGUUAGGGCACCAUUCUUAAGUUUGUAAAUGUUUUUGGCUACGUCUUGUUUCUCUAUCUUAUCACCUGUUUAAUGUAUAGGAAGUGAACUAUUUAAAGCCUUUUUGAGAAUUGCUCAAUGCCUUAUUUCUAGCUACUUAAAAGCUAUCUUGUUCAA